GUGUGUGUGUGUGUGUGUGUAGAGACGGAGACGAACGAUGCAUGAUACAUGACGGUGAACAUGAAAAUGGAGACGAAGACGAAGAUAAAGAUGAACGAUGGAAAUAAAGAUGAAAAUAGAAAUGAUAAUAGAAAAAGAAAAAGAAAUAAAAAAGGAAAUGGAAAUGAGAAUCGAGAAUCGAGGCUGUCGUCCUCUGUCGUCGAGCUGGCUGGCUGGCUGGCUGGCUGGGGCUCCGCGAAGCUGGGCACGGACGCGGGGCGCGAAACCGCGCACGCCAAGACGCACGGAUGGAUGGGUGCGCAGGGUGCGCACCGAGUCGCAAGAACCCGCGGGGUGCGCGAUCUGGCGCGAUGCCAUGCCAUGCCAUGCCAUGCAUGUGUGUAUGUGUGCGUGAUGCGGGGCGGGCGGAUGAGCGUGCGCAGGUGCGGAGGGUCGAGCCGGGUCAAGGAGGGUCAAGGAGGGAGUUCGAUGCCGACGGCUGCGAAUU